GCGGCGGCGCGUGCCGCCUCACCAGCCCCCGUGGCGCCGCAGCCGGUUAACGGCCCCUUCAACGCCGCCAUGAAGCGCGAUCCGGAGUGCCCGGGCCGGCCGGAGCUGCCGCCGCCGUCAUCAUCCCCCAUCUCUUCCUCCUCGUCGUCGUCGCCCCCAGGGGAGGAGGCGGAGGGCGGGGAGCUGCCGCCGGCGGUGUGGAUCUUCGGGUACGGCUCGCUGGUGUGGAGGCCGGGUUUCGAGUUCACGUCGCGCAAGGUGGGCUUCAUCCGCGGCUACAGCCGCCGCUUCUGGCAGGGGGACACGUUCCACCGCGGCAGCGAGAGGAUGCCCGGGCGGGUGGUGACGCUGCUGGAGGACUGCGGGGCGUGCACAUGGGGUGUAGCCUAUGAAGUCCGCGGGGAACAAAUUGCUGCAUCGCUCCAGUAUCUCAACAUGCGAGAAGCUGUCCUGGGAGGCUACGACACCAAGCUGGUGAAGUUCCACCCUCAGGACAAAGAUGCGGAGGAACCCAUCCUGGCUCUCGUUUACAUUGCAACACCCCAAAAUCCUUCUUACCUCGGCCCAGCAUCUGAAGAAGACAUUGCAGCUCAAAUCAUCGUCUCAAGUGGUUGUGCUGGUCAUAACAUUGAGUACUUGCUGCGACUGGCAGACUUCAUGCGCUACUUUUGUCCUCAAGCAGAGGAUAAACACCUCUUCUCCAUCGAAGAGGCUCUUACUUCCAUCCUUCCAUGCCUAUACUACACAGAGGAGUCUCUAGAAGAAACUGCAAGCGUCCCUCAGAAGUCUAAGGGUUGAAAUAGAAAAUUUUUUUGCAGGGUCCCAGUAGAAGGGACAUAAGGGAUGAAAGCAAUGGGGACAGUCUUAACUCCAGUAAAAUAUACUGGACCGAGUGAAUAAAGGGAGAAUUAGCAAGUAGUAGGGGAGGGAGGAAGUGGAGUAAAACAUGCUUGCUGUAGGACUUGCAAUUAGUACCUGUUACACUCCUUACCUGUAGCACUGCGAUAGCCAUCACUGCUUUCCAGGUGGGGAGCAGGGAUCUUUGCUGGAACUUUGCUCUGUAAGACUUGCUUCCAGGGGUCAAACCUGAAGCACUCACUUUCUUUAGAGAAGAAAGAGGCUCAUCUAUUCUGUGCACUUUUUUAACUUUUUUUUUUUUUUCUUUGAAGACUAGUUGAGCAGGACUUGACUGGGUUUAAGCAGUAUGUAUGUAAUUCUACCUCAGAUUGGCAAAAAGCUGUUUGGGCGGUGGUGGAGACUUGGGCAGGUUCUGCCAAAUAAGACUUUCUUUAUUUUAUUUUUUUUCCCUGCCAUGUCCCACCUCCAGUACAACGACCUGACACUAAAUUUCAGGACUUCUGUGCAAUAUUAAGUGAACGGGCCUCUGUAGGCUCUUGUGGAUCCUACUUCCUUGUGUUGUGAAGGAUCACAGUAAUGCACUUAUUUUCUAAAAAUGUUGUGCUAAUUAUGUGUUGUGUUUCCCCUUAGGAGGGGUAUCAAAACUGCUCACAUGCCACAGUGGUAUGCAGCCCACAUUCAACCUUGCAUUUGUGCCUUCUAGAUUUUAAAUCAGUUUUCUGAGGAGCUAAGCCUGCUUUAAUGACAGAAGCUUUUUUCCAAGCUUCACUGACCUUGUGCUGCUACAGACUUAACUGACUCCAUAAGAAAUAGUCCUGCCUGUGUGGGAAGUCUCUGCUGCCUACAGGAAAGCUGUCUGGAUGCAGCAGCAUUUUAACUAGCCCUGUACUGGAUAAACCUCUGGUGCUUCAGGGUAAUGUGGGAUUCUGUAGAAGCAUUUGGGGGUUCUAGUUCCAUGCUGGGGUGUCUGUCUGGUACACUUUUAUUUGACUGCAAAGGACUGUGACUGAGCGUACUUGCAAGUCUUUGAGCUACUGAAAAGCCUGCCUUGAUCAUGUUAAGCAGAGGCACUGCUGCAAGCUCAGACUUUUCAGCUUCACAUAUUAACAGCAUGAAAACCCAUAGUAUUUUGUAAGAAAACUGCUGCUACUGCAACUGCAGCAAAAUAGCUCUUGAGAGCUGACCCCUGGGACAUUUGACUCCUCCCAGAUACCAUGUGGUUUUUUAUUAUGAAAAAAGAUAGGGACUGUUUGUAUUACUGUGGCUUGUGUGUAUAUGAAGUGGUACUGUGCUGUGCCCAGUAAUAAAACAAACUGACAAAGUUA